AUGGAUAACUCUCCCUAUCCCACCAAUGGUAUAAACGGAACCUCGAACCCUCACAGCUACCCGUCGCCAGCGUCCUUCUCGCCUCAUCACGGUCAGCCAGGUUCCCCUCUGCCUCAGACGCUGCCGCCUCUGCAGCCUUCCACCACCACCAUGCAGCCUCUCUACGGUAGCAACCCGCACACCCCGCGCACCGGAACGCCUAACACGCCAAACUCUGCGCAUAACCUGCCUCCUAGCUACCCUCAGAGCACCCAGGCUGGUGCCAGAGGCGGCAUGUACUCGAUGGGUCAGAAUCCCUACCCGCCGCACGCCGGCUACGGUACUUCUCAGCCCAUGAUGCCCGGCGCCACCACUGCUGCCUCUCACCCGCAGCCCAUUGCCCCCGCGCCUAUUGGUGGCCGCGGCCCGCCUGUCCUGCGUCCUAUGCCUCCUGGUGGCCUCAUGGGCCCGAACGGUGUCCCCUCGCCAUACGGCCCGGGCCCUCUCAUGGCCCAAAACGGCGUCAUGGGCGACAACGAGCAACCUACCCACGUUGUUGGCUCUCAGGGUCGCAGAGGUAUACUUCCUAGCGCGCCGGGUCGCCCUGCUGCUCCCGCCGCUGGUACCUCGGCCGCGAAGAACACCGUCAUUCCGGUCAAGGAUGCGGACGGCAAGUUCCCAUGCCCUCACUGCACCAAGACCUACUUGCACGCCAAGCACCUGAAGCGCCAUCUCCUGCGACACACCGGUGACCGCCCAUACAUGUGCGUUCUCUGCCGCGACACCUUUUCUCGCAGUGAUAUCCUCAAGCGCCACUUCCAAAAGUGCUCCAUCCGCCGCGGUAACCCCACCGGGGCCUCGCACCUUUCCCACCCCCAAGCGCACGUCAAGAAGAACGCUCAGGCUCAAAAGGCUGCCGGUAUGCCCGACGGCGACAUGAACCAGAUGAACGGCAUGCCCGGCGACGGCAUGGUUCACCCCUUCGGCAUGGUUCCUGUUCAGGAUGGCAUGAAUGGCAUGCCUGGCGACCAGCACCAGCACCAGCUCUCCCGCUCCUCUAGCAUGGGACGUAUGGACAACCCCGCUAACGGCGAUCGCCGUGGCAUGGCUCCUCCUGUCAUGGGUGGCUCUCAGCCUUAUGGAGGCGAUGUCAACCCUAUGAAUGGUCAGAGCAUGCACGGCUACAAUGUCCCUCCCGGCCAGAACGGUAUGCCCAUGUACGGCCAAUCCAACAACGCUCCCCAGUCCAGCCUUGACUGGGCUCAAAUGUUCCCUCCUGGUGCUGGUGGCCAAAACCGCCCCUAA